UAUUAAAUAUUUAUAAAUUUAAUAAUUAUUGAAAAAAAAAAAUUAUUUAUAAGUAAAUGAUAUAAAUUUUAAACAAUGUCGGAUAAUGAGAACAGUGAAGAUGUUAUGUUGCAAAGACACAAGAAAGAGCGCAAGGACCUGCAAACACAAAUUCAAGUUUUAAAAAAAUCAGUAGGUAAAGGUGACAAAAAAAAGAAACGUGAAAUAACCGAACAAAUCGCACAAUUAGAGUCAGACUUGGACCGCCGUCAGGAUGAAGAGUUGAACAAUUUAAAGCUGUCCCAAAUAACACUGACUGGUUUGCCAGAAGAAACCAUAAUACUGCCAGAAGACGAUAAUGACAACGACAACGACAACCCGAAGAUCUCAAAAGCGCAAAAGCGCCGAGAGAAGAAAGCUCUCGCGGAGCGGGAGCGAAAUCAGCGAAUCAUCGAAGCCGAGGCGUUGAACGUCUUCGGGAAGCGCAACGUCGAGACCCAGACGAUCAAAAAGAUCCUGGGAGAACGCGACCUGAUGAUCUACGAGGUUCCCAGUGAUGGUCAUUGCCUCUACAACGCAGUUACCCAUCAGCUGAAGAGCAUUGGAGUCCCUAUGAGACUCGAGGAGCUGCGUCACAAAACUGCCGAGUACCUGCGUCAGAAUAUCAACGAUUUCCUGCCGUUCCUGACCAACCCAGACUCUGAAGAUGCUCUUACUGAGGAACAGUACCAGCAGUACUGCGACAAUGUCGCGACUACCAGUGCCUGGGGCGGCGCCAUUGAGCUCCAGGUGCUCUCUCGCAUCCUCAGCUGCCCUAUUGAAGUCGUCCAAGCUGUUGGCAGCUCUUAUAUUGUCGGGGACGAGUUCGAGAGCUGUAAGAAAAUCACUCUCACUUAUCAUCGACAUAUGUAUGAGCUUGGUGCUCAUUAUAAUUCUGUUACCAAGUUUGUUAGAGAUGAUAAUGAUGAUAGUUGAUUUUAAUUUUAGUCACUGAUAUCACCUGAUUAUUAACUUGGUUUUUUGAUGGAUAAUUAUUAUUUUUAUUAAGAUUUUUUUUUUCUGGAAUAUUAAUUUAAGGGGAAACACUACUGUGACGGUAAAACAGGUGAUUUUCAGGAAUUUUUUAACAGGGAAAAUAAAGGAAUUUGGAGAUCGGAUUUUUUUUAUUUUAUUAAAGUUACAUUAAAGAUUAUUACCCUAA